GUAUGUAUACAACCUUUCGUACACGUCUCACUGUCAAGCACUGAAUGCUGACGCAAGAUCGGCAGUCUCUGUUCCAUAAUUCCUUUAAGUAACAAUUGAGUUAGUCCACAACUACUGAGGACGAUGCCAACCAUUGGUGUGAAACGAGAUCUCCUCUUUGAGGCGCUUGGCAAAAAGUAUAGCGAUGACGAAUUUCAGCAUUUAUGCUUCGAGUUUGGGCUGGAACUUGAUGAAGUCACCACAGAAAAGCAGAUGAUAUCAAAAGAACAAGGUGAAGAUGCCAAGCAAGCCGAGGGAGCAUCUGAGGAUGUCAUCUACAGGAUUGACAUACCUGCUAAUAGAUAUGAUUUACUUUGUCUGGAGGGACUCACAUUAGGAUUACUAGUGUUUCUUAAAAAGAUGGAAUUCCCAAUGUACAAAACAGUGCAGUGCAGUGCUUCAGAUAACAUGAAACUUGUCAUCAAGCCAGACACUGGAAAAAUUCGCCCAUUUGCAGUUGCGGCCAUUUUGCGUAAUUUGUUCUUUACUAAAGAUUCCUACAAUUCAUUCAUUGAUCUACAAGACAAGUUACAUCAAAAUAUAUGCCGCAAACGUUCGCUUGUCGCAAUCGGCACUCACGAUCUGGAUACUCUUGAAGGGCCUUUUGUUUAUGACGCUAAACCUCCUGGCGAGAUUAAAUUUAUUCCCCUCAAUCAGACCAAAGAGUUUACCGCUGCAGAACUUAUGGAUUUCUACUCAACACAUGCACAAUUGAAGCAGUACUUGCCAAUUAUCAAGGAUAGUCCGGUAUAUCCUGUCAUUACUGACGUCAAUGGUGUGGUAUUAUCAUUACCACCAAUCAUCAACGGCGACCACUCCAAGAUCACAUUGAAUACGAAGAAUGUGUUCAUUGAGUGCACUGCAACUGAUUUAACUAAAGCGAAAAUCGUGUUGGAUACACUCGUCUGCAUGUUUAGUAAAUAUUGCAAGGAUCCAUAUACUGUUGAACGUGUGCGCGUCGAGUAUCCAGAUGGAAAAUAUGAAGAUUGUCCUGAGUUGGACUAUAGGAAGGAGAUUGUACAGUGUGACAAGGUUAACAAGUGCAUUGGGAUUAGUAAAACUGGUGAAGAGAUUGCGACGCUGCUGUCAAAGAUGUGUCUUGAAUCCGAGCUUCUGGAGUCUGGCGCGGUGAGAGUGACGGUUCCUCCCACGCGGCACGAUGUUAUUCACGCUUGUGAUAUCUAUGAAGAUGUGGCGAUUGCGCAUGGAUACAAUAACAUCGAAAGGACCCUGCCGAAAACUUCAACGAUUGGUCAGCAACUACCGAUAAAUAAAUUAACUGACCUCUUGCGUUUUCCGAUUGCACAGGCCGGAUUCACUGAAGCGCUUACUUUUUCACUGUGCUCACGAGACGAUAUUGCUUCGAAGUUGGGUUAUGACAUCGAGCAUGUGCCUGCUGUGCACAUUUCCAACCCGAAAACACUCGAAUUUCAAGUGUGUAGAACCACUCUUUUGCCGGGGCUGUUGAAAACCAUUGCUGCCAACAAGAAAAUGCCGUUGCCAGUGAAAGUUUUCGAAAUUUCUGAUGUUGUUAUUCGUGAUGAAGGGGUUGAGGUGGGUGCUCGAAAUGAAAGGCGCAUUUGUGCAGUCAAUUGUAACAAAACCGCUGGUUUCGAGGUGGUUCAUGGUUUACUUGAUCAUGUUAUGAUGUUAUUGGAAGUGCCUUGGGAUGCCGAGCUAGGGUAUCAGCUGCGUCCUAUUGAAGAUGCAUCAUAUUUUCCACGUCGGUGUGCCGAGAUUGUUAUGCGCGGCAGUGUAAUCGGUAAAAUCGGUGUAUUGCAUCCGGAGGUUUUAAGCAAAUUUGAGUUGAAUAAUCCUUGUGCAGCUGUUGAAAUUAACAUUGAGCCGUUCUUGUAAGCACUGAAAUAAAGAUGAUAAUAAUUGAAA